UGCUGGUUUCCAGGAAGCACUUGUCGCAGCACUGCGGGAGCGUGACUCCUCACGUAAUUUCUUAUCGUGCAUGCAGUUGUUUAUCAAGUUUUAUUGUGUUUUUGUAAGCGUAAUUACCAAGUAUUAAUUAUGGGUGACGAUGAAGAAAAGUACGAUGGAAUGCUGUUAGUUAUGGCACAGCAGCACGAAGGCGGAGUCCAAGAGCUGGUGAACACUUUCUUCAGCUUCCUUCGCCGCAAGACGGACUUUUUUACAGGUGGAGAACCCGGGGCACCUGAGGAGCUAGUGAAGGAGGCCUUUGCCCACCACAACCAGCUGGCAAUGAAAGCCCACAGGGAGAAGAUCAACAAGCAGGAAAAAGAGAGGCUUGAGAAGGCAGAGCGGGCUGCCAGACUGGCAGAGGAAGAGGAGAAGAAGAGGAAGAAGGCAGAUAGUUCUGAGGAGCCCAAGAUCAUGGAGUUGACAGAGGAGGAAGCAGAGAGGCUUCAGUUGGAGAUUGACCAGAAGAAAAAAGAGGACGAAAAGGAGGUAAAGACACCCAAGAGCCAAAACGAGAGCCCAGUAGAGGAAGAAAACAAAGGGUCAGAUUCUGAGGGAGAGGAGGAUGAGAAAGAUAAAGGGAAGCUGAAGCCCAACGCAGGCAAUGGAGCAGAUUUGCCCAGCUACAGGUGGACACAGACCCUGUCUGAGGUGGACGUGCUGGUGCCCUUUGAUGUGCCAUUCCGGCUGAAGGGGAAGGACUUGGUGGUGGAUGUGCAGCGGCGGAGCCUCCGGGUGGGAUUGAAGGGGCGGGAGCUGGUGAUCGAUGGGCAGCUCUACAAUGAAAUCAAGGUAGAAGAGAGCUCCUGGCUCAUCGAGGAUAGCAAGGUGGUCACCAUCCAUUUGGAGAAGAUCAAUAAAAUGGAAUGGUGGAGCAAGCUGAUCACUACGGACCCUGAGCUGAAUACAAAGAAGAUAUGCCCAGAGAACUCCAAGCUGUCGGACCUGGAUGGCGAAACCCGCAGUAUGGUGGAGAAGAUGAUGUAUGAUCAGCGCCAGAAGUCCAUGGGCCUACCCACCUCAGACGAGCAGAAGAAGCAAGAUAUUCUCAAAAAGUUCAUGGCGCAGCACCCAGAAAUGGACUUCUCCAAGGCCAAGUUCAGCUGAGAGCUCGGUCUUCUACGGAGCCUCCUAUGUAGAGCAGAAGCCCAGUUUCCAGCUUUAUAGCCCUUUUUCCUUUCACUCUCAUGGGGCAAGGAGGGCAGAUUCACGUUUGCCUGGUUGCUGUAGGCUGACAUUCCCGGUUGGCUGAAGAAUCUAUCAGUGUGCUGUGGUUGGUAGUGUUUUUUUUUUUAAUAAAUAAAUAAAUAAAUUUAAACUUCAUACCGUC